AUGAAGCGUAGUGGUGAACUUGUGAAAUAUGGUCUUGCCACAGUCAAUAGACUGCUUGAUGUCUGCGGCGCAGAUCAGGCUAUCGGACACGACAUCGCAUGCUCAUCUCGCAAAACAAUUGCGACAAGCUCUAUCAGAGCCAAGGCAGCUGAACUAAAUCUACAGGUUGUUCUUCAAAAUCACCCUUUAUAUCUCAAUGGCCUAGGACUUGAAGACCUCGAGACUUGUGAACACAUCUUCGCUAGUUCAAACAGUGCUGCAGUCUUGAUCAGACAUGCGUCAUACUUCCAUUGGAUGCAGUUCCUUGACCUCCACUUCGAUCAGUGGGACAUGGACAGGUACUUUGACCUCAGCACAUUUCUGUGCAAUAACUAUGUUCAAGCUCUUCAGAUCAUCAAGACCAACACACCCGUCCUCGAGGAAUUCAAGCAGCUCCAUAAUCUUACGGAUGCGGACUUCAUAAGCUGGCGCAAUGAGGAGCGUGAUUACCUCAGCGAGGUUGCUACAGAACCUACUUCAGAUACAAUCACAGUGGCUUACGUUGAACAGCUUGAGAAGCUUCAAUAUGCAGAAGCAAUUUAUGGCCAUCUCACUUCUGUACCUUUUCUGACGUACACUCCUGCAAAUUUCACUCGCACCUCUGGGCUCAAUGCCACUGCUCGCAACAAUUCCAGAGCAUUUGAAUCUGAACAUGCAUCUGCGCUACACAAAUAUGAGCUGCAAUUGAAUGUUGUUGAAGACUUCGAGCAUCGUCACAGCAUUAUGGAGUGGUGGCUACUGCAUGACCCAAAAUACGUGCAAGCAAUUAGAUAUUCUCAGGAACGUCAAUUUAUUCAUCCAGUUGAGGAAUUGGAGGGCUUAGUUGUUCAGCGUCUUUUUGAGUUAUCAAAGGCUAAUCUUGCCGGCACUGGCUACAAGAUGCGAAAGUAUAUCUCAAAGGCCAUCACACAACGUUCAGCUGCCAUCCGAACGGCUUUGGAGAAGUACAAUAGACUUGCACCCUUACAAAAUCCACCAUGUCCUGUACUCGACUAUUCCGAAAUUGUCAGAUAUGCAUCUCUUGGUGAAUUCUCGAUUCUGAAGCACUCACACCACAAUAUCCUUACAAAACCAUGGACUGUAUCUGCUAAUCGCAAGAUGGCUGCGAAGUAUUUCAAAUUGGUACAAUCACACGAAGAGAUUGUAUGGCUCAAUGUCGAGAUCAAACGCUUACAGAGUUGGGUCGAGCACGAGGACAGGACCAUGUUGGAAGCUAUUGAUUCACUCCUCGCUGAUGACCCAGAUUCUUCACUCAUAGCUGAGCUGAAGACAUUGUAUGCCAAGCGCCACCAUAUCAACAACAACCAUUGCAAGCGACUCCAACAAAUUUACGCACUCGACAGAUACACAGGUGAAUGUCUUCCUACAGACCACACAGUCAUUGCACCCAAUGGAGACAGAGAUGACGAGGGUAGCGUGAAUGGUCCUGAAGAUGAUGCUAUGAACGAGGAGGCCAUGAGACUUGAAGAUUUAAUGCCGCAUUCUUUGUAA